GCCCCACCCGUAUCGAGCAGGCCGGAGCCCACCCAGCCGGGCAAGCCUCCCGACUAGGUGGUUGCUCCCUGCCCGGCCAGCUGGCCGGCUGCCCGAUCCCUUUUCCUUUCCCCUCCCGGUCUCCUCCCCUUUUCCCCUUGCACCCUCCCCUCUCCCCGCCUCCCGAAUCCGUCGCCGCUGCCCGAGAGCCCGGAGAUCCACAAGAUUCCCCCCGGCUGCUCCGGCGACUGGGACCCGAGUCUCGAGCCGGUGCUGUCACCGUCCCGUCCCCCGUCCCCCGUCCCAGUUCCCAGGGGGCCGGGGGCCACGAGCCAUGUGCUGCCUGACCCCCCAGCCCUAAGCCCAGGUAAGGGAGAAGUUCCCCCUAACCCGGAGUAGGGCCAGGCCGGGCCAAGUGUGCCCCCUUCCUCCUCGUCUCCCCUGCUGCCAGCUGCCGCAUCAGGUGAACAGAUUGGGCCCCCACCCGCCCCCCCAUCCCCGCCUCCCGCCGCCACGACCUGUAACAGCCUCAGGCCUGGGGUCCGGGCCCUGUUCCCCACCAGGCUGACCACCCCUCGCCCCGAGCCAGACCAUGCAGAAGGGGAAACGCCAGUUCCUGCCUGAGCUGCCCGGGGAACAGCGGGUCUGGCCCGGGGACCCCGCGGACAUCCGGGUCACCCGGCGGGCGCUCAGCAACCAAACUGAUGACCUGGGGGCACCUGGCACCGGCCGCAGGAAGACCUUGGUCCUCAUAGACAUCGUCUGUCUCCUUGUGGCUUCCAUCCCCUUCUUCGUAUGUGAGAUCAGCCGAGUGCAGCCCACCCAUCGGGGCUUCUACUGCAACGACAGCAGCAUCCGCUACCCUCUGAAACGGGUGGAGACAGUCAGCGAUACGGUCCUAAUCUCCGUGGGCAUCCUCAUUUCUGCCCUAUCGGAGGUGGGUGCCUUCCUGUUUGGCUGCACCGUGGGCCAGUCCCUCACCAGCAUCGCCAAGCUGACUGUGGGCCGUCUCCGUCCCCACUUCCUGGCCGUCUGCCAGCCCGACCCUGCUCAGCUCGACUGUUCCAGGGGUUACGUGUUGGACUACGUCUGCACAGGCCGCCCCUCUGAAGUCCGGGAGGCGAGAAAAUCCUUCUACUCAGGCCACGCCUCCUUCGCCAUGUACAGCAUGCUCUACCUGGUGUUCUAUUUGCAGGCCCGGUUCACGUGGCAUGGGGCCCGGCUGCUGCGCCCCCUGGUCCAGUUCAUCCUCAUCCUCAUGGCCCUCUACACCGGACUGACCCGGGUCUCUGACUACCGCCACCACCCCUCGGAUGUGGCUGCGGGGCUCCUGCAGGGAGCCCUGGUGGCUUACUGGGUGGCAUUCCACAUCUCAUCCAUGUUCCGCUCCAAGAAACGCUCGGCCCUGUUCUCUUCCUCCUGCCCCGAGAGCCCAGACUCCAAUGGCCACACCAACUGCUAACCCCAUCGUGCCCCCGGGGCUCCUCCAGGGUCCGGCUGGCUUCUCCGCUGCCUGUGGCCCUCCAGCCUGGCCCGGACUUCUGAGACCCCAUGCAGCUGGUCUUCUCGGCGGCUGUUCCCCAAGACCUAGGCCUCCAGGAUUCUCCUAGCCUUCCCUGGACUUUCAAGGAAGGUAAUUAACGGGAUACCACCACAGGAAGUUGGAUGAUUCAGGAAGGCCCACCUCAACCGGGCGGAUGACCCAGGAAGCCUCGGACAGGAAGUUGCCCCUUCCCUGGAGUAUGGCAUAGGAAGGCCCGCCUUUUCUAGCCAAGAGAUACCGAAAUCCUCCCUGAGGGUAGAACUGUUCUUGCCCUUUCUCUGAGUCUUGACAUUUCAGCCUCUCUCAGCACGGGCCAGAUCUGAGCCCUAGUCUCUGGCUGAGCUGGGUAUAGCCCAAGGAUGAAGAAGCGUGGGGGCCAGAGGGAGUAGGCCGGGGCCCUUGGGCCCUCCCCCUGCUCUGCGCCCUGCCCCCCAAUAAUGUGAAGUGUACAGUGUGGUGUGUGUUUUUUAAUAAACGGUACAGCUGGAGCCGGGGGUGACCCCUUUAACCCCUAAGGACCUGCUGUCACCUUCACCUGGG